GACUGAACGACAAAAAAGCGUCCUUGGUUUCGACUGCAUUUCUCACGAUCUCGAUCAGUUUUCUUUUCCAUCUUAAUUGUUGCAAGAUCAGAUAAAGUAUGGCUUCUGGAGAUGUUCAGAAGGACAAGAAGUUCCAUUUCAGGGAACUGGAUAAGAACAGUGCAUCUCUGAAGAACAAUGAGGUGCAAGAUUCGCUGAUGAAAUGGGGAAUGAAAGGUCGGAUGUUUGUGCAGUUUUUCAGCUAUGACCAACUCUUUCAGGCUUACCAAAAGGAUGACUUUAUUUUGGAUUUUUUCCAAGACCCUGUUGUCAAGGCAACCUUAGGCGUCUUAUCAGACAGUGGGUCAUGGGGUCCUCCAGGAUUCACUGCUGAGAAAGUCGAGGCUCUUCAGGUGCCUUGUUCCGUGACCUCCAUGACCUUCUUUGAUCGUCUGGAGAAGGAGGAGCUUGUUAGAGAAGGGGGACGCAUCGUCAAGUGCUUCGAUGAAUUCUAUGAAGAAUUCACAAUAUCUGAUGAAGUUAGAAAGAUGAUUCUUCUUGAAGAUUCUGAUAAUUAUGAGGUCUACUCCGAGGCUGAGAGGGAGCAGUUUCUCUUCCAUCUUUUCGAGCAUCUGUGUCUCGGCGGCUCAUUAUGUCAGUAUGAAGAUAGCAUCACACCGUACUUGGAUACCACUAAACUGCUCUACAAAGAUCUUGUCAGUGUCCAGAAAGAUGCCUCAACUAAAGAGCUGAGAGUUACAUCUCAUGUAUUCAAGGUCAAGGCGUGGGAUAAAGACAGUUACCAGUUUUAUCCUUGUGACCAAGACCAUCGUCAGACCUUUGCAUACUUUAUCGUGGAUCCUCUAAAAAGACACGUCAGUAUUCUUUACCAUCGGUUUGGAAGUGGCGUCUUUACAUAACACUCAACCUACGUUCGAUCACCAAACUUUUGAAAGUAUGAACGGUGUAUUUGGUCAUGAAUCGUCUAUAGAGGGACGUCAGUAUGCUCAAUCAUCGGUUCGGAAGUUGUGUCUUACGUUACACUCAACAAAUCAUCAUCAAACUUUGGAGUACAUGUACAUAUAUGGAUCGUCUGUAGAGGGAUGUCGAUAUUCUCUACCAUUGGUUUGGGAGUGGUGUCUUUAGUCUUUACAUAACACUCAACCUACGUUUGCCAAACUUUUGAAAGUAUAUGAUCAGUGUACUGGGUCAAGAGUCAUCUAUAGAGGGAUGUCGAAAUGCUUAAUCAUCGGUUAGGAAAUGGUGUCAUACAUGGCACUUAGCCAAACUUUGGAAGUGGUGAUGACCAUCAGCAGACCUUCAUGUACUUCACAGUUGACCGGCUAAAAGAAAAAGGCAUAUCUGAAUUCUUUACCAUCGGACUGAAAGCGAUGCUUUCACAUAAACACUCAACGUGUUAUUGUUAAAAUUGUGACUAUGUACAUGUACAUGUACUUUAUUGUGAGUUGUUUAAAGAUGGAGUAUUCUCUAUAUCAUUGGUUUGGAAAUGAUAUCCUUCUAUCGCCGAACUCUGGAAUAUGGGUACUUCACUGUGAAUCAUCUAAAGAGACACACCAAUAUUUUGCUGCCGUUAUUUUGGAAGUAUUGUCUUCAUACAUGUACACCACCCAACCUAUGAAUGUCAAAUCCUGUGCAUACUCCAUUGCCACUUGCAGGUGGUUAUCUCAUCACAUCAGCUCUCAAUUAACAUAAGAAAAAGGGCAUCAAUGGGGAUCAACGGGUACCACUUAGGCAUUGCUUGCUGUAUAGAGGGUGCAAGUAGCUAUAAGUAGUGUAGUGGGGGCUUUAAAAGAGACUGGACUAUUCUCUCCUACCAUUAGUUUUGCAGUUAUAUCUCUGCUUCAGUUUGAUCGUUUUGUCCCAGAUCGUCAGCAGACCUGUGGAUACUUCAUCAUAGAUCCUCUAAAAAGACAUGUCCGUAUUCUUUUAUCAUCGGUUUGAAGGUUGCAAAUUUACACGACAAUCAAAAGACUUCAGAGGGGACAUGCACAAAUACUUUUACAUCAUGAAUGUGCAUUAUUGGGGUUGCCUCCCAAAUUGGAGGUGAAAUAUACUUCGUUUCCCUUCUUGUUUUUCCCGUUAUAUAUUUGUUUCAAUUCUAAGUUUGCGUAUGAACUUGAGAUUUUAGGUAUUCAUAGAAUUUUUUUCAUGCCUCAUGAAUUUUUUGGAAUUUAAAUUCAAUUUGUGCUUUCAUUUUUAUCUA